UCUAAGGGAGAUGCUGCUAUUAGGCGCUGUCCGGCGUAGUCGAGGGCUGGUGGGGUCUCGGGGUACAGCAGCUGCUGGGCAGGAGUGCUUAUAUCUGUUCAGGCACCCCCAAGAUCGUGCUACUAGAAUGCCUUCGCUUCAGGACAGAUGCUGCAAUAAGAGGUUAAUUAAUACGUUGAAGCGGCCUGCAGUGUUGAUAGACAGUGGACGUGACAUCCACGCAGAUGCCAAUGGUAAUGGUUUGCAAAAUGCCACCUCCCUGAUGGACAAAGAAUCUAGCUCUGAGGAGGAGGCUAUCUCUCCAAAGGACAAAGAGCUUCUUUUUACUGUGCCUCCAACUCUUCUCCCUCCUACAAAUUGUUGCAUGAGUGGGUGCCACAACUGUGUGUGGAUUGCUUACACAGAAGAGCUUCUGAAAUAUUACCAGGAUGGUGGAGAUCAGGCAUUAGCAGCUGUGGAGGAACACAUAAAGGACGAGAAUAUAAAAAUGAUCUUAAAGAUGGAAAUCAAAUUCCGCAUGAAGAAAGAAUGAAACUGUUUAGCACAUGCAACAACAUACCUCACACAUAGCCACAGCAGAUUCUGAAGGAAAAUAAAAUUCUAUUUAUUUCUGGUCCUUUCUGAAUGAGAAGCUGCAGGUUUUGAAUGAUUUAUGAGUUCUAGAAUUCUCAGGCCUAUCGGUGGGGUACAAUAAUAUGAGUCCAUAAUAUUCUACUUAAAUUUAAACUAAUGUGCUUA